AUGGCUGCUGCCAGUUUUGUGCUGACUGAAGAUCAGUUCCUGUGCUCCAUCUGUCUGGAUGUCUUCUCUGAUCCUGUCGCCAUACCAUGUGGACACAACUUCUGUAAGAACUGCAUUACUGAGCACUGGAACGUCAACACCAAGUAUCUCUGUCCCAUCUGUAAAGAGGUUUUCUCCACCAGACCACAGCUAAUGGUGAACACUUUCAUCAAGGAGAUGGCUGCUCAGUUCAGACAGUCAGCUCAGCAGGAAUCCAGCAGCAGCAGCAGCUCAGAGAGACAAGUUUCCAAACCAGGAGAAGUUCCCUGUGACGUCUGCACUGGAACCAAACUGAAGGCCCUGAAGUCCUGCCUGGUGUGUCUGCUUUCUUACUGUAAGACUCACCUGGAGCCUCAUCAAACUCUGCCACGACUGCAAGGACAUCAGCUGAUCAACCCUGUGGAGAAUCUGGAAGGCAGGAUUUGUGAGAAGCACGACAAACUGCUGGAGCUGUUCUGUAAGAACGACCAGAGGUGUGUCUGCAUGCUGUGCUCAGUUACAGACCACAAGACUCAUGAUGUUGUUCCGCUGAGAGAUGAAUAUGAAGGAAAGAAGGCCGAGCUGGGGAAGAGAAAGGCUGAAAUGAAUCAGAUGAUCCAGAAGAGACGACUGAAGAUUGAGGAGCUCAAAUGCUCAGUGGAGCUCAGUGAUCAGAACGCAGACAGAGAGAUAGCAGAAGGUGUUCAGGUCUUCAGCACUCUGAUAGAGACUGUGCAGAGAAACCUCAACAGACUCAUCGAUUCAGUCAAAGAGAAACAGGAAAAGACAAAGAACCAGGCUGAAGGCUUCAUCAGAGAGAUGGAACAGGAAAUCUCUGAGCUGGAGAAGAGGAGCUCUGAAGUGGAACAGUUCUCACACUCUGAAGACCACCUCCAACUCCUCCAGAACUUCAUGUCUCUGAACGCUGCUCCACCCAACAAGGACUGGACUGAAGUCAGAGUCCAUCCACCUUCAUAUGAGGGGACUGUGAGGAGAGCUGUGAACCAGCUGGAGGAGACCAUCAGUGAACAGAUGAAACUGAUCAGUAAGUUGGAGCUGAAGAGAGUCCAGCAGUAUGAGGUGGAUGUGACCCUUGAUUCUGAUACAGCAAAUCCCUGGCUGAUCCUGUCUGAUGAUGGAAAACAAGUUUAUGACAGAGAUAAAAAGAUUUUUCGAGACAGUUCAGAGAGAUUUUAUAAUCUCUGUGUUUUAGCAAAGCAGAGUUUCUCUGCAGGCAGAUUUUACUACGAGGUUCAGGUUAAAGGGAAGACUAGGUGGGAUUUAGGAGUGGCCAGGAAGUCCAUCAACAGGAAGGAAAAAAUCGAACUGUCUCCUCAGAACGGUUUCUGGGUGAUAUGGUUGAGGAACAAAAAUGAGUACAAAGCUCUUGCUGGCCCUGACGUCCAUCUCUCUCUGGAGUCUGGUCCUGAGAAGGUGGGGGUGUUUGUGGAUUAUGAGGAGGGUGUGGUCUCCUUUUAUGACGUUAAAACUGGAGCUCUGAUCUACUCCUUUACUGGCUGCUCCUUCACUGAGGAACUCUGCCCGUACUUUAGUCCUUGCAAGAACAAUGGAGGUAAAAACUCUGCUCCUCUGAUCAUCUCUGCUGUCAGUCAGACUUAG